UUGUAUUAACGCUCGUAGAGAGGAUGCGAAGAGGUUAAGAGCUCACAUAUUCUGCAAUAUCAACUUUCUUUCAUCUUAUUGUCGCUCACUACAUUCGCUUCUCGUCACUCGUUCAUUAUGUUUUGGAAUCAUGCAAUCACAUUCGCUCUGGCUGUUUCAGUUGUCCACGCUGACAAGAUGCUACGUUUCUCAUGCUCGCAACUUGUAACGCAACGUCUCGACCCUGUUGUCCAACCCGGCAGGAAUCCCUCGCAACAUGUUCAUCAGGUAGUCGGAGGUUCAAAGGAUGCGUUCAACGUCACCAUGGACCCAAAGACGCUCGACAUCCCAGCCGAAGCAUCAUGCACAACAUGCACGUUUACCGAAGAUCUGUCAAACUACUGGACACCCACCAUGUACUUCCGUGCACGUAACGGGACGUUCAAACGCGUCCCGCAAAUGGCUAAUGUAGGCUUCAACGGCGCCAAUGGCGGCAUGACAGUUUACUACACCACGCCCGAUGACUCCAGCGUAAACAUAACCGCAUUUGCACCCGGUUUCCGCAUGGUCGUUGGCGACCCCACAAAGCGCGCGCAGAGUUUCGAUGGUGCGAUGAACUCGUAUCGAUGCUACACGGGCAAAAACUUUGAACCCAAUCCGUUUGGCGUGUCAGCCAAUGACACAAAUACGUUCCCGAAGCAGUACUGUGCGGGCGGUGUGAGGGUGGCUAUCUUCUUUCCCACGUGCUGGGACGGCAAGAACCUCGACAGCCCGGAUCAUAAAUCCCACGUAACAUCUGGGUACAACGGCUGCCCGUCCUCGCAUCCCGUCCGCCUUCCACAGGUCUUCCUCGAAACAGUGUGGGAUACAGGCGUCUUCCCACAGUCAGAGUGGCCCACAGAUGGUAGCCAGCCGUUUGUUUGGGCGCAAGGCGAUGGGACGGGCUAUGGGCACCAUGCGGACUACGUGUUUGGCUGGAAAGGCGACUCGCUGCAGAGGGCUAUGAACGCGAGAUGUGAUUUUAUGGGUUGCAAGGAGCUCAAGACGCAAUCGUUUGAUACGGGCAACAAGUGUGUUCAGAAACCAGUUGUGAACGAGAUGCUUGAUGGCUGGCUCGAGACUUUGCCUGGGAAUAUGACUGUGAGCUACUCGUAGAGCGGCAAGAUUUGGGACAUUUCUCAUCGGCGAUGGCUCGAUGUAGCUUUGAGAGGUGUGAGUGCCGAUGAUGGGGGUCUUCUGGUUGUAGAUAGCGCGAUUAAAAUUAUGUUAUGCUGGGGAC